AUGCUCGUAGGGACAAAUUUUAAAAAUGCUCAAAUACUUGUGAUCGAUACCCAGAGUGACGAAGGUAGCGAUGACGAAGAUGAAUUCGACGACGGUCAUUUCGAACAACAUGAUCAUAUCGACGAUGCAGAUGUUGACGACGAUGAUCGGAUGAAAGAUUAUGAAGAAGAUGCGUUUGAUUCUGCCGAAGAUGCUGAUGAUGAAAACAGUGAUGACGAUGUUCGUGGCGAGGAAGAGAAUGACAAUCACUGCCAUUCAUCUGAUGAUGAUCCAGAAACGACUACUGCUUUUGAAAACCUACAGGAAACAUCGUACUCAGGUAAUAAUGAAGAAAAUUCAUUCUACGAGGCUUGCAGCUUAUAA